CAGCUGUCAGGGCGCGCGGGCGCUGCGGAGUCGGUGCCUUAAAAUCCGGGGCCGGGGGGAGACGGCAACCCUCCCCUGACUAGCCUGACAGGCCCAGGCGGGCGCCAUGCUAGAAACCAAAAUGGCUGCCCCGGGGAAGGCUGCCCAACCCGAGGAGCCGCGAGCGGGGGAACGUGCCGAGUGACGGCCGCCGCGCCGGACAGUUUUGACCAUCUAGCCUUGAAAGAACAGACAACGAAUCAUGAUCAAGUUUUUUCUUAUGGUGAACAAGCAAGGGCAAACAAGACUCUCUCGAUAUUAUGAAUACAUGGACCUUCAUACACGGACGAUACUAGAAGCUGAAGUAAUCAAGCAUUGCCUUUCCCGUUCAAAGGAGCAAUGUUCCUUUAUUGAGUACAAAGAUUUUAAGCUGGUGUACAGGCAAUAUGCUGCUCUUUUCAUAGUGGUUGGAAUUAAUGAAACCGAGAAUGAAAUGGCUGUCUAUGAACUCAUUCAUAAUUUUGUGGAGGUUUUGGACAAGUAUUUCAGUAGAGUGAGUGAGUUGGAUGUAUCCUUUCAGUUUUCUCUAUUUAUGUUCCUGCUCCUUCCUGCCUCUGCCAGGCUGUGUGACAUUCGUAGGAAUCAAAAUGUUGCCACAAUUGGAUUAAACUAUGUUCAACAGAGGUGAAUGAGCCAUAAAAUAAGGAUGGAUGGUUUGAAGUAUGUGAAUAGUAUGUGAAGAGUGACAGUGUGGAGGUAAGUUGUUAAAAGGCUGGUGAUAUGGGUGGUGAUAUGAUAAUGGAUGCUGGGAAAUGGAGACUUUUUGUUUAAAGGUAGGAUAUUUCCCCUUGCUCUACUUGCUCUACUUGCUACUUUAAUAGAUUUCAGUGCAUGAACACAGUAGCUGUGAUAGAAUCUGUUGCUGGGCGAAGGAAGAGCUCUAUCCUCAAAGGAACUGAGCUCCAAGCAUUUACUCCUACCACUGAAAGGGCUCUCUCUCUCUCUCUUUCUCUGAUUGCUACCUGCCUUUCAAUGGCAGAGGCAUCUGGACAAGAGUCUCAAACGGAGAUUUCAGCACAUGGGGUAAAUAGAUACAGGAGAAGACUAGGGAUGCAAAUUAAUGCAGUCUGCUUGCUCAUUACAGGUGCUAAUGUUAAACCGAAAGACCAUCUCCUUCUGCACGAACCUGCCUGUGCUGAGCACAGUGUUUAGUAUCAGAUCCAUUCAUUGAUUCUGCUGGCAUAAUGUAGUGGGAGAGGAUUUGAGACGGUUACUGAUGACCCAAAUGGGUUGGGUAACGUCUCUCUCCAUGUGACGGAGGCAGGAGAGCAAAGAACUCUGGGAGGCAGGCUCAGUCUCCUCAGUUUUUUCUCUCCUGCCUGAUGGGACAGGUUUUUCUUAUGAGAAUUAUCUUCUGUCAUACUCUCAAUGCUGCUGGAGAUGUUAUGGGUGUGUGUGUGUCCCAUGAUCCGGCCCUGCUUAUUUAAGGAAAAUGGAACUAAAUCUGUAAUAUUUGAGGAGGACAAAAGGGAACAUUCCAGGUGAGACUUGAAUCCCCUAACAUACCCCUGGGUGAAAAAUAUGCCAGCCCCGGAAAUGGUACACUAUGUUUCCCUGUAGCUGUCCCGACACCUUCUACCAUCAUCAGCAUGAGAUCAACAGGGCUCAGGAUCUGGCAGUUUCCCAACCCAGAUUCUCUCACCUCUAUCCUUUUUGGAUUGGAGAUCAGUGAGGGUAGCAUCAGAAGUGGAUGGUCCUGAGAAACCAACAGCAACAACACCUGUGUUGAUGGAAGUAAGACAAUUAAAGGGUGACAUUACAAACACACUCCUAAUUGCAUGCUAAAUAAUUGUAUGAUUAGCUCAGUUGGUAGAGAAUGGGACUCUUAAUCUAAUCUUAGGGAAGGAAAUUUUGCAAUGAAAGGGAGGCUCCAUUACAUUUGAUUCAGGAUUCCACUUAAAGAGGAAGCUUAUUUUUUGUUGUUGUUUAGUUGUGUCUGACUCUUCAUGACCCCAUGGACCAGAGCACACCAGGCACUCCUAUCUUCCACUGCCUUUCGCAAUUUGGUCAGACUCAUGUUGGUGGCUUCGAGAACACUGUCCAACCAUCUCGUUCUGCUGUCCCCUUCUCCUUGUGCCCUCCAUCUUUCCCAGCAUCAGGGUCUUUUCCAGGGAGUCUUCUCUUCGUAUGAGGUGGCCAAAGUAUUGGAGCCUCAGCUCCACGAUCUGUCCUUCCAGUGAGCACUCAGGGCUCAUUUCCUUCAGAAUGGAUAGAUUUGAUCUUCUUGCAGUCCAUGGGACUCUCAUAAGGAAUACUAAUAAGGAAGCUUAUUAGUAUCCUCUUAAUUAAGAGUCCACAUGAAGCAAAAUGUUUUCAAUAUUGUAACUGCAAUAUAGCAAAAUAAAAUAAAAAAUACAUCUUUGCGGAAAUAGCUAGAAUUUAAGCAAUCCCUCACCCCCCCCUUAAAUUAAAAUCUCAAGUUUUGCUACUUAGCAUGCUGGUGUAUUUGACAAGUCUCAGCUAUGUGCAUGGAGAAGUGGGUGGAAUUGUAUUAAGCUCCUUAAAACAACUGCAGUAGGUGCUGAUAUCUGGGAGAGAUGAGUCAUUAAAAAGAUUACAAAAGCAACAGUUAAAAGUUAUCACAUCAAGUUUGGUGUGGCAAAACGGAUCUGGAGUGGGAGUACUUUAUUUUUUAAUGCCUGUAAUUCUGGGUAAGGAACAAGAGAGCAGUUUUUCACAUGAAAGUAAGCAUGAAUUGCUGCCUAGGUUGCACUCCCAUGCACAUGUACUUGUAAGUAUGGCUCUUUGAGCACAGCUGGACUGACAUCUACGUAAAGAAACAUAGGUUGGGGCUGUGCAUUACAUUACAUAAAAGCAUUUAAGAAGAGCAUAUCCAUUUUCAGGAUAAGUUACUGAAUUUAGCUAACACACAGGCACUCCCUCCAUUGAAGGUGUAAGCAGGUGUACAAUAAACCAAUAUAUCUUAAAGACACUAGCUUCCAUUGUGCUUUGAUUUUCCCAACAGAAACAGAACCCUGGAACCCCCUGGAAUAUUGCUACUGCUAGGCAGAGACUGGGGGUGACAUGCAACUUUCACAACAUUACUUAAAGAAAAUAAAGUCCAAUAGUGAUGCCUCGUACAGGGAGAUGCAGUCCGUGGGCAUUCCCACAGUGACAGUGGCAAGGUUAGCGGAGCCCUGGGUUCAGGGCCAGCCCUACAGCCUCACAUGUGCCACCAUUGCUGGGAGGUCAGAGCACUCAUUUAUGUGUGCUAAGACCUAAGAUCUCAUAGCAGUAGCAUCACUGGUCUUGCCACCAAUCUUGGAGGGGUGGGGGUCCUACUGCAGGACACAGUUUCCUCACCUUUGAGCUAAAGACUUGCCACUUUUCAGUUGCGGUCCAUCAACACUUAAAAGACCAAAAGCUUUGGUAAGAAAAUAUUUGCCAAAACCAACUUAAUGCCCAAGCAUUAAAUCACAUCAAUGCACAAUGCUUCUAAUAAAACACAGGCAUUUUUUGAGGCAUUCGCUAAUAAGGCAAAGGUAUUUUUGAGGCAUAUGCUAAUGGAAGCAAAUAUAUUUAGCAACUGAAAUAGCUAUGCCAAUCACUGAGCCAAAAACUGUUUGUCUUGGGGUGAGACAUCUGGCUGUAUGAAACUUGAGAAAAUACUAGGUAUAGAAAUCAUCAGUGGUAAGUAGAUACAUCGCCAAAUUAUAUUUCAGCCUUGUGUUUGAAUAAAAUAUAUUUCAAAGCAUGUUCAUAUAGCCUACAUUUAUUAGCUGAAGGUGCCCUCUAUUUGAAGAGCAGUUCAGAGUUUUGUAUAAAGAUAAAUAACCUUAAGAAGGAAACGUGGAGGCCUUGAAGUUGGUCAUAAACAUUGAGCAAUAGGACAGCAGAGAUAGGUCACCUGGUCACAGUCUUCCCUUCUGUACUGAGAUGUAAAGUAGUUCUACUAAAAUUAUAGCAGUUUCGCAAUUUCUCUUCUGUCUAUACUGUAUUUGCACUAGUCCACCACUGUGCAGUAUUCCUUGCCUAUUUCCUAAGGUUCUAAAGGCCAGGGGGGGGGGGAGGGAGGGGCAGGAAGAAAAAGGACGGAAAUGACUUUGAGAGGUUAAGCGGAGGCCUUUGUGAACGAGGAGGAAGGAUCUUUCUGCACUGAGAGGGGAAACUGUUUUAAAACAAUGGCAGAAGUUUGAGUAAAGCAAGGAUGGAGAAACACUGAGAGGGAAAUGGCAGUUUCCAAAAAAUUGUAGAGGUUUGAAUGUAGCAGGGAUGGAUAAGCUACAUUGAGGGUUUUUUAAUAAAAAAAAACCCAACCCCAGUUUUAACCAGGUGGGUGCAACAUAGAAGGUAACGAAACAGAGUCUUUUCCAAUGGCCUUCUUGGCAUACUCAAACAUUGUUUCAACCCCCCUUCCCCCCUCCCUGUUCUUCUCUCCUCUUGGUGAACUCAAACUUUUCUCUCUUCCAUUCCUCAGCUGUCUUAGGUGUGUGAGAGAAAGAAGGUGGAGCCUUCAAAUAUUCCAUAGUACCUUCACAUAAUAUAGUUCAGUACCAUGAAGUUCCAGAUUGAACAUAGAAAUUUAGAACAGAUACAGUAUUAACAAGCAAACACCCUUAUAUGUUUAGGACCCAUUUUAUGCAAUCCUGUGUCUUUCUUUCUUUUUUAACCAUGUAUAAGUUACAGCCUGUGCCUUCAAUGGUAAAUACACAAACUGUUUAGUGACCAGCUGUACAGUGGUACCUCUACUUACGAAUGUUUCUACUUACGAAUGGAGCUCCGUUCGCCAUCUUGGAUGUGGUUUAGAUAGGAUUUUUUCUACUUACGAAUUUUUAGAUAGGGUUGCUUCGACUUACGAAUUUUUUUCUCCCAAUGCAUUCCUAUGGGAUUUGACUUACAAUUUUUUUCGACUUACGAAUGUGCGUUCGGAACGCAUUAAAUUCAUAAGUAGAGGUACCACUGUAGUUACCAAGGAAGAUGCAUGUUCAAGUUCAUGCUCAGCAUAAAUUUUGCUGGGUAGCCCUGAGCCAGUCACUCUCUUUCAGCCUAACCUACCUCACUGGAUUGUUGUAAGGAUAAAAUGGGAAGGGGUAAGAUAAUAUAGACCUGCGCUCUUUGGAGAAUGAAUGGGACAGGAGUGUUAGUUAAUUAAUUAAUAUACAGUUACAUGUUUAGGGAUAUAUCUUAACCUCAGAUCACUGAGAUUUAGAAUCCCAAGGGUGGAGUUAGGCCAACUAAGCUACAGUCAUACCUCGGGUUACAGCUGCUUCAGGUUGCAUUUUUUCAGGUUGCGCUCUGCGCCGAACCCAGAAAUACUGGAAGGGGUUACUUCCGGGUUUCAGCGCACGCACAUGCGCAGAAGCGCCGAGUUGCAACCCGUGUGUGCGCAGGAUCACGUUCGCAACCCGAGCGUACACUGUACUAGCAUUGGGCCUGAUCUGGGCCUCUCAACUAGAGCUAGUGCAGCUGAAAUGCUCAAAUCACCACAUUCCCCCCUUCCACCUUCCCCUCAGGGCAAGCAAGUAGGCUUCAGAUAUGGUAGUGGCUCUGCCACUCAGUUUAGCCCAACUGAACUGAGCAUUGCAGCCUAAAGUUCCCAUCUAUAAAAAGGAAGUAGUAAUAUUUAUUAUAUUGGUUUCCCCAAAAGAUUAGCAAACAGUGCUGUACGGGUUUGUCGCAUAUAUAGCCAAUUAAUAUUCUUUCAGUAUAUGACUGCAGUAUAAUCCUGAUGUGAAAAUUCAUGGUUUACUCUCUGAAUGAUUUGGUAAAAUUUCAUUUUAAAAAAGAUAAGCAAGCCCUUUAGAUUCUGAUUCAUUUUUAAGGGAGGGUUGGGCGUUGGACCGAUGCUGUCUGCAAAGGAGUGGCCUCGUUUAGCUGCAAGGCUUUCGCAAGAGGACCCAGCGUGCCUAAAGGAGCCAAGCAACUUUCCCUGCACCUUUGGCAAGAGCAACUCAGGCAGAUGAGGAAGGAACAGCCUGAGUGGGGAGGGACCGACUAUGAGCUGCAGUCACUUGAUUCCCAAUAGCAGAUGAAGUACUUGUUGGUGGAAUGAAGAGUAGCUAGUUGUGGAAUGCUGCCCAACAGGGUGGGGCAGCUCAUAUCUCACUGGGGGAGAAAAGAAGCCUCUUUGGGCUUCCAGUCAUAAUACCAACCUCCAGUUAUCUCUGUAGAAACUUAUUAAAAACACUUGACAGUAAGAUGGAAUGCAUGUCUCAUCUGAUCCUGAACCAAGGAAGCAAAUGUUGAGAUUCUUUACUCUUCGUACAGGGGCUUCAUUUUGUUUUCAGGUGCUGCAAUUAAUACGGAACGUGUUCUAGCUGUUUGCUGGCUAAGUUAGUAGUAUUGAAAUGUUAGAUCUCUGUGGACCUCUUUUAAAUUUGAUUACACAGCUGUUCUGGCUGGGGCUGAUGGGAGUUGUAGUCCAAAAGUUCUAGUCAAAAAGAUCUGGCGGGCACCAGGUUGGGAAAGGCUGGUAUGGAUUCUUACAUCUCAGUGCACCCAUAUUUCCACCAUAUGUGGUAAAUACUUUAACACAGUAAGAACACACCUUCAGCAGGUCAAGCAAAAGAUAGGAAGGGUUUUUUCAAGCAAUUGUGAUGUUUUCUCAGUACAGCUGUUUGCGAGUUAAGGCAUGUCUGGAACAGUGAGGGACUGAUAGCUGGAUACACAAAUGUUUCAUUUGAGCACUUAAGCAGAGGAAGAAUGUCCUUUCAGCACUGAUUACACCUCAUUUACACAUAUAAUUGCACUACUAUGGGGGAAAUAGGGGACUAGGGAUCUCUGUCCAGGGUGACUUCCCUCAGACUACAAUUCCCAGGAACAUUUUGGUGAAGCGUGAGACUGAUUUUUUUGCCACUGAUUUGCCUUAGCAGAAUUUGUUAACCAUUAUUUCCCUUGUGUUCUGAAUGGUCACUUUGCUAAGCAACUGCUAAACAUAUCGAAGCACUUUAAAAAUUAAUUUGAAAAUCAAGCUUUUCAGUGAAACUUUACACAAUUAUUCUGGAUUGGCUCUCUUAGUGCAAGUAACAAUAGGCUGAUAACCAUUAGAAUAAGAUUGGUGUUAACCAAUAUCAUUUGCUACUUCUGCUGUUUCUCUUUUCUACAGCUCUUUUAAUUUACAUACUAUUAUACACAAUAACUGCAUAUUCUUUUGUGAAACUGGAGUCACAAUGUUAAAAUUUUUCACAAUGUUAAAAUUUUUGCAGUUGCUGAAAAACUCAUUAGAAAGUUCAUCUGUUAAGCAAAUUUGAGUUCUGGCAUUUUCCAGUUUAGUCCUGCUUAUUCCAAAAGAAAUUCCUUAACUUUAUAUGUACACAGAUCAUGUUCAAAUUGGACAGAGUGCACAUAAUUUUGGAUGAAAUGGUAUUAAAUGGUUGCAUUGUAGAAACCAAUAAGACCAGAAUUCUCGCACCUCUUCUUGUUCUUGACAAAAUGGCUGAAAGCUAGGAAGACUAUGCCAGAAUUCUUCAAAACAGAAAGAAGGAACAAUGAACUCUGAGGAUUCAAAGGCUAGUUUUGCAACAUUCCAAAUGGGCUGAACUGAACCUUUUCAUGCAAAAGGACAACUGAAGGAAGCAAGUGCCACACCUUUACUAUCUACCUGUGAAAGGUUUAUUAGUUACUGCUUAAAGUUUUUAAAAUAACAAAUAUUCUCAUUGUGUCGCCUGUAAUCCAGCUGGUGAAAUAAAUAGUCUCUUUAAUAAUAUAUCUGUGUCUCUCUUUUUCAUCAAACAAAAUUAAUAAGGCAGGCUGGGAAAUGCUUUAUAAAAUAGACAGGCAUGCUUUGACUAUGUACAAAAGCAACCAUAUUUGCCUAAAUUGCAGAACUCUAGCAUCUAUAGUGAAAAGCCUCCAUUGUUCACUGAACUUGGGUGAUUCCUCCCCUAAUUUUAAAGUGUGGGGGGGGGAGCCCUCAAUAGGUUAUCUUCUGAUCUCUGCCAGGACCUUCCUGGAAGGGAAACUUGUACCUGGGCCAGGAGGGAUUGAACUGAGACUGAAGAUGAAUAGAUUGGCAGAAAAGAUGUGAUGAUCAGAUAGAUGAUUUAGUACCUUUGGGGACUGUUUCCUUAAGCUUGGUCUAACCAGAAACUUUUCACCUCCAUAGAGGGUUCCAGAUUGUAUGUGGAUGUAAAAACCUUUUGAAGAAAACUAAAAUGAAGUUUGAAGAUGUAUUUAGAAGACUUUUAGAAGACAUCUGAAGGCAGCCCUGUUUAGGGAAGCUUUUAAUGUUUAAUAGAAUAUUUCAUUUUAAUAGUUUGUUAGAAGGUGCCCAGAGUAGUUGGAGAAACCCAGCCAGAUGGGUGGGAUAUAAAUAUUAUUAUUAUUAUUAUUAUUAUUAUUAUUAUU